GAGGAACUGCUGCUGUCACUGGAAAGCCCAGUUGUCCAUCCAGCACCAUGGGAAAGAAGAGUCGAGUGAAGACUCAGAAGUCGGGCUCAGGGGCCAGCGCUGUGGUUUCCCCCAAAGAAAUGAUGAACCUCAUCUCUGAACUGCUGCAGAAGUGCAGCAGUACAGCACCCUCUGCUGGUAAAGAGUGGGAAGAGUACAUCCAGAUCAGAGGCUUAGUGGAAAAGAUCCGCAAGAAACAGAAAGGUCUGUCAGUAGUGUUUGAGGGCAGCAGAGAGGACUAUUUCUCAGACCUGAUGUCCUGGGCUCAGGAAAGCGGGGCUUCCUGUGACGGCUUCACUGUGACCGACUUUGGUACGGAGGGCUACGGUCUGCGGGCCACCAGAGACAUCAAGGCAGAGGAACUAUUCCUGUGGAUUCCCAGGAAGAUGCUGAUGACAGUGGAGUCGGCCCAGUACUCUGUGCUGGGUCCUCUGUACAGCCAGGACCGGAUCCUGCAGGCCAUGGGCAACGUGACGCUGGCCCUCCACCUGCUGUGCGAGCGAGCCGACCCUGCUUCAUCCUGGCUGCCGUACAUCCGCAGUCUUCCUCAGGAGUAUGACACGCCGCUGUACUACCAGCAGGACGAGGUACAGCAGCUGCUGGGCACACAGGCAGUGCAGGACGUCCUGAGCCAGUAUAAGAACACUGCACGCCAGUACGCAUACUUCUACAAGCUGGUACAGACUCAUCCUGCCGCCAGCAAACUGGCCCUGAAGGACAGCUUCACAUUUGAUGACUACAGGUGGGCAGUGUCCUCGGUGAUGACCCGUCAGAACCAGAUCCCUACUGAGGACGGCAGCCGGGUCACUCUGGCCCUCAUCCCCCUGUGGGACAUGUGUAACCACACUAAUGUACUGAUCACCACCGGCUACAACCUGGAGGAUGAUCGCUGUGAAUGUGUGGCGCUGCAGGACUACAAGGAGAACGAACAGAUCUACAUCUUCUAUGGCACAAGAUCCAAUGCUGAGUUCGUCAUCCACAACGGUUUCUUCUUCCAGGACAACGCCCACGACAGAGUCAAGAUCAAGCUAGGUGUCAGCAAGAGCGAACGCCUCUAUGCCAUGAAGGCCGAAGUGUUGGCACGAGCCGGCAUCCCAGCGUCCUGUGUCUUUGCUUUGCAUUGUAAUGAACCCCCCAUUUCAGCCCAGCUCUUGGCCUUCCUCAGAGUCUUCUGCAUGACAGAGGAGGAACUGAAGGACUACCUGCUUGGAGAUCGUGCCAUUAAUAAGAUCUUCACCCUGGGCAACAGUGAGUUCCCCGUCAGCUGGGACAAUGAGAUCAAGUUGUGGACUUUCCUGGAGACCCGAGCUGCUCUGUUGCUCAAGACCUACAAGACCACAUCAGAGGAGGACCGUUCCAUGCUGGAGAAACCUGAUCUCUCUGUGCACUCUCGUGUGGCCAUCCAGCUCCGCCUGGCUGAGAAGCAGAUCCUGGAGAAGGCGUCAGCCAGUGGACGGGCCAAACGUCUGCAUUUCCAGAAGAAGCUGGAGGAGGGCGCGUCGUUGCCUCGCUAUGAGGAAAGUGAUAUCGCUUUGCUGGAGAAUACUGACGCAGAUGCAAAGCUUCCCAUUAUCCUGCACAAGCUGGAGGAGGUGGAGGAAGGCCAGGAGAUCCAGGUGGAGGAGCACAGUCACCUUCUGAACGGGGAGAAGGUCGUGUACGGGAUGGAGGCUAAUGGAGAGCCAGUGCAGGUGGAGACCAAGGCGAAGGUCAGCAAAGAUGUUCAAUCAGCUUUGGACUCGAAUGGAAGUUCAACCCAGAAAGGCCAAAGAGACGUGGCCGAGCGAACUGAGGAGAAUCCCAAAGAGAAUGGUGAAUAAAUAUAUUCCAAGUGCAGCCACAGCCCAUGCUAUUUAUUUAUUUUUGUGUCUCUUAAAUGACUCAGAAAUAUAGAAGCAGAAAAAAAAGAAAAUAGAAAGUUGCAGAACUUUUUGAACUGUGUGGUCAUCCAGCGUGGCUUUUAGUUGUCUGCUGCUGAACUUAAAUACUGCAAGUGUGUCCCUCAGCCUUUUGUGCAGAACAGGUUCAUAUUAAUAUUAGCUUUUGUUUCAGUUUGAAAUGUAGGUUUCUCUUCAAAGUGUUUGUGGCCUACAACUUAGGGAGAGCAGGAGUGGGAGGGGUGCAGAACAAGUCCCAGCAGAGAGUUAGAAGUUGAAGAGAAGAAAAACCAAAAUGGAGUUAGGUGAAUGUUAUUUCCAUGAAGCCAAAACCUCUGGAAUCCUGUGAUCAGUUGGUUUAUUGCUGCAGUUGAUUUUAUGUGUGUCCAGUAUGUUUUGAGUUGACAAUCUUAUUGUAUUCUAGUAUUUUGGGUUGUGCUGCUGAGUUAAGACCAUCACGGACCUCUGUUCCCUUUUUUCUGCUUCAAGCUGAAUAACUGAAGGAAACAAAAACUGCUCUCAUAGCCUCUGAGACUAACACUUUGUUUUUGACAGGCCAAAAUGGAAGAUGCUUUUUUGCUUUCUCAGUGACACGUUUGAUCUCUACUGUCAAAUUGCACAUUUUCAGUCAUUACGUAGCUGCAGCCCUUCACAAACAAAAUCAUUUUGUUUCCUUUUGUGUUCUAAAAGUAUCUUUAUGAAUGUAGUGAGUUCAUGUUAGAGGGAGUGUCUGUGGACAUCACUUAAAGGGACUGAUGUGUGGCUCAGCAGCCAAUGCUGUCGCCCCUGACAAAGACAGGGACUUGGUGAGACACAGUGAGGUGUAUUUUUGUUUGACCGCCUUAAAACGAAUUUCAAGAUGACACUUUUUGUAUGAAAAAAAGGAAGCACUGUCAGGAGGUUGUUACUGUCUUUUGGUUGGUGUUAACUGCAGAGGUGGCCUCAGUAACUCUUGACUGUGCAAUGAUUCAAAGACCCACAGUGGAGCUACUUUGUGCUUCAACACAGGAACACAGUUUGUAUGUUUUUGACUAAAUAUUCACAACACAUCACAACACCUGCCUACUGGUUUAUUUCUGAACUUUCCAUCACAUUUCAUCUUCAUCAGAAUAUGUAGUGGUUGGCUCAAGUGUCAUCAUGUGACCCGAGUAUGGAACCUGGUCAGGUGAUAACAAGUGGUAAUAUAUGGGGCUGCCUCCUAAAAGCUGAUCAUUGAAGUAUCAGUGGUUACUCCUCGAGUCGACUCACGUUGUGUCAGUGGAAUCACGGAGACAGAGUGACCGGUUUCAGCUGGUUCUGGUCUUUGUUCAGACAUGCUCAGCUGAAACUUAAUGAAACUAAGGAACCCACUUUUAAACCACACACGUCUUGACUUCCCGACGUAUUUGACAUUAGAUGUUACGGUGGCCGACAAGGGCAAACAUGCUGCCAAGGCCCAAAACACUUCCAUUAGGAGA